AUGUUUGAGGUUGAUUGGAGCUCAGAAGGCGGUUGGACUAAGCCAGUGAUUCGUCCCUAUGAGAACUUUUCACUUGAUCCUGCAGCUAAGGUUCUCCACUACGCUACUGAGUUGUUUGAGGGAAUGAAGGCAUAUCGUGGUGACGACGACCGUAUUCGACUAUUCCGCCCACAGCUUAAUAUGGAGCGAAUGCGCCGAACGGCCAGACGAGCUGCUCUACCGGAUUUUGAUGGCGACGAGCUACUGAAAUGCAUACUAGAAUUGGUUCGUGUUGAUCAAGCGUGGGUACCGAAAGAAAAAGGAGCGGCGCUAUAUGUACGCCCAACCUUGAUUGGAACUGAGCCAGGUUUGGGCGUACUCCUCUCGAAUAAGGCUAAACUGUUCGUGAUCACAAGUCCAGUGGGGGCCUACUUCAAGCACGGUUUCAAACCGAUCAAAUUACUUGCCGAUGCAAAAUUCGUCCGAGCAGCAAAAGGUGGGGUUGGUGCUUUCAAGAUGGGCUCUAACUAUGCUCCUACAUUGGGUGUGGCUGCAGAAGCAGAAUCAGAAGGCUGUCAUCAGGUUCUAUGGCUGUCAGGAGAAGAACACUAUGUGAGUGAAUGCAGGGACAAUUCCAUUUACUAUUUGGAUCUGGCACUUUGUGCAACUUAA